AUGGCAUCAGUAAUCAAAGACAAAACCCCUCUCCUUACCUCCUUUCUUCUACCUUUACUCUCUGAUCACGUCUCUCGAAACCCAACCACUACCUCCCCUCCUUUUUUCCUCGGCGUCUCCGGCCCCCAGGGUUCUGGGAAGACCUCACUCGUCACCAUCCUCGCUGCAAAUCUCAGGGCUACCCCUCACAAACUCAAUGUCGUUGUCUUCUCGAUUGACGACAUAUAUCGUACGCAUGCCGAUCAAUGUGCUUUAAGUGAACUCUACCCAGAAAAUAAAUUAGUUCAGCAUCGUGGUGAGCCUGGAACUCAUGAUGUCGAAUUGGGAAAAGUGGUCUUUCAAUCAUUGAGAGAGCAAAAGGAAACCAAAAUCCCUGUUUAUGACAAGUCCAAGUUCAACGGCAAGGGUGACAGGCUCAACAGUGUUGAUUGGGAAACAGUUAAAGGACCUUAUGAUAUAGUGAUAUUCGAAGGUUGGUGUGUAGGCUUUCGGCCGCUAUCCGACGAGGAAUUGAAGCAGAAAUGGGAGAACAGCAGGCAAGCGCAGAAGGGGACAUUAGGCAGGCAUGCAUUGGAACAUCUGCAGUUUAUCAAUACGAAACUGAAAGACUAUGACUCACUGACAAAUUCACUUGACGCAUUGAUACAUAUUGAUGCAGAGGACACAGCAUUCGUUUAUGAUUGGCGUAUCCAGCAAGAGCACGGACUAUUCGCCUCUCACGGUUCAGGGAUGACCGAUGAUCAAGUUAUUGAUUUCGUGGAUGGCUAUAUGCCCGCAUAUGAACUUUAUGUGGACACCUUGCGGCGAGGGGCGUUGAAGGAGAAGGAAUAA